AUGGCAAUCCCACAGGAAUGCGACGUUCUAGUGGUUGGUAGUGGAAACGCAGGCUUCUCAGCUGCUAUCUCAGCCGCUGAAAAUGGUGCCAGGAAUGUCGUUCUCAUCGAAAAGGCGCCUGAGGAAUGGGCUGGAGGGAAUACCUAUUUCACUGCCGGUGCAUUUCGAACCGUCCACAGCGGUCUGGAUGACAUUCUCCCAAUUGUGAACAAUGUCACGAGUGAGCAAGCAGGUAUCAUAGAUAUGGAACCAUAUACCACCGAAGAAUUCACAGAAGACAUGUCAAGAAUGACCGAUGGACAGACGAACCAGGCUCUUUGCAAAGCCCUAGUCCAGGAUUCAAAUACCACGAUCAAGUGGCUUGCGAGCCUUGGUGUUAGGUUUCAGUUAUCACUCAACCGACAAUCCUACAAAGUUGAUGGUCGCUAUAGAUUUUGGGGAGGCAUGUCACUGAAAACCGAAGAUGGUGGGAAGGGUCUUAUCCAGGACUACCAAGCAGCGGCGCGCCGUAUGGGUGUUUGUGUGGUUUACUCAACGCCCCUGAUGAGAUUAGUUUCCGAUCCUGCCACUGGUACGCUUUCCGGGGCUGUCGUUAAGAACAACUGCAGUGAGAUGACUAUAAAAACCCAAGCCGUGAUACUAGCAGCUGGAGGCUUUGAAUCAAGCCCUCAGGCGCGGGCGCAAUAUCUUGGUGAUGGAUGGGACAAAGCCUUCGUCCGUGGUACUCCAUACAAUGUUGGCGAUUGCCUUGAGAUAGCAAUCCGCGAUAUGUCAGCGAAAAAGGCCGGAGACUGGAGUGGGUGCCAUUCCGUUGCAUGGGACGCCAGUGCUCCCCAAUCUUCAGGUGACCGAGACAUCUCAAACCAAUUUACCAAAUCAGGCUAUCCCCUUGGGCUGAUGAUCAAUGCAGAGGGAAAAAGGUUUGUGGAUGAGGGUAUAGAUAUGAGAAAUUUCACAUAUGCAAAGUUUGGCAGAGCUAUCCUUGCGCAGCCAGGACAUAUUGCAUUUCAGGUUUGGGACCAGCAGGCUAUUCCAUGGUUACGAGAAGAGGAAUACCGUCCAGAGGUUGUUGAGCACAUCACUGCCCCUUCAAUAUCCGAACUUGCUGAGAAAUGCUCUCGUGUUGGACUACUAGAUAAAGAAACCUUUAUCAACACGAUAAGUGAGUAUAACGCCGCUGUUUACAGGCAUCGCAAGGAGAAUACGGGCGCUAAAUGGAACCCGGCAAUUAAAGAUGGGCUGUCCACGCAAUCGCAUGCCGGUGGCCUGUCCCUCCCCAAGUCCAACUGGGCUCUCUCUGUCGACCAAGGACCGUAUCUUGCAGUGAAGGUUACCUGCGGCAUUACGUUUACGUUUGGAGGACUAGCCGUGACCCCGGAAACGGCCACAGUCAUUUCUUCGGCCAACAAUGAACAGAUCCCUGGCCUCUACUGUGUGGGAGAGAUGCUUGGUGGUCUCUUCCAUGGCAAUUACCCGGGAGGUAGCGGCCUAACUUCCGGUGCUGUCUUUGGCCGCAGAGCUGGAUCAGCAGCAGCCAGGAGAGCUCAGGCUACAAGUUCGUGGUACAGUUCUACUAGCGUAUAA